UAAUUACCAAAAAAAAAAAAAAAAAAAGGGAAUAGAAGCAGUGAUCGGUGAAGUAAAUAUUUGACAGUUUUCUAUUUCCCCGCCUGUUUGUAUUUUCGUGAUAAAAGAACUGCGAGCAUUUUCGUUUACCUUGAAUAUCACCAAAGUUUAGACCCAACAAAUUCUCGAUAAGGAUCAUGUAACAUACAAGCUAAAUCGAAAUCGGUUUCUACGGUUGAAACAUCGAGGAAGUUUGGGGAACAUCCCGUUACCACGAAAGUAAUCUCGAAAGUUCCUAUUCCCACGGAUCGAGAGAUAGAGAGAGAGAGAGAAAGAGGAAGAGAGAGAAGCGAGCGAGGAAAUCGAAAAUCGAUCUGCGGCUUGUAUAAUGUUCUCGUGGGCGAGAACGAUCGGGAGACACGAAGAAGAAGAAGAAGAAGAAGAAGAAGAAGAAGAAGAAGAAGAAACUUAGGUGGAGUCGUUCCGGUUUCAGGUGGCGACCAACGAUGAAAUCGAAGGUACAUCGAAUGGAUUCGAAAUGGUCACGGCAGCUUGCGUCUGGGAGCGUGAUCCUGAGGAACCAAAACGGAAAGAGAUGAAAGACCAUUGUCCUUUCUCAAAGGAUCGAACAUUCGCACGAUAUCUGAAGCAUAAAAAGCAUUUGAAAAACUUGUGAGUUCGAGAAGAAAUAGAAAGAGAGAGAGAGAGAGGGAGGGUAGGCAAAGAGAAACAACAUUUUUGCAAGUAUUACAUUUAACGAGGUUUAUUAGAUUAUCGAAUAUUUAAUUUAAAAAUCUGAGAAGAAGUCUAAUGAAAAGAUAAACCUCAGAGACGACCAUAAAUGGUCUCCGUUGGUUACAAAGACGAAAGAGAGAGAGAGGGAGAGAGAGAGAGAGAGAGAGAGUCGCGUGGGAGGUUGAGUCUUAAACGAGAUCCUUUUUACGAGCGACCAAGAAGACAGAUUCUUCGUGCUUGUUCUCAUACGCGAAAGAGAAAGAGAGACGAAAGGUAGGAGCGACUCGUUUAGGCGAGUAAGAUCAGCCGUCUUUUCUCGUUACCACUCUAACCAGGUGUCCUGCGACCCUCCGUGCACGAAAAAGGAUCAACGUGUUCCAAGAAGAAACCGAGGUCGCGACUCUGAAAAAGCUGUGAGCCUGGUGCGGAUCGAGGGGUGUUUGGGAGGUGACGUUCGUUCGCAUCAUCACCUUCGUUAACUUUGAAAUAUUCCAAAGAAGUGCAAGCUACGUGACGGAGUCUUGUUCCAAGUUCUUGGAGUCUUUGUUCAGGUUCUUUGAGACCUAGUAGAAAGUGAAUUGGAAGUGUACAAGUCUUUAUUUCUAAAUCGAGUCACGUGCAUCGACCUUGUGAUUAAAUUCUAAGCUGUCAAACGUGAUCGAUCGUUUAGUAAAUUGAUCGUUGAUCCAAGCAUACCAAUAAGAAAGGAAACAACUUGAUCUAUUAGAUUAAAAGACUUUUAAUAAACGUUUCAAUUCUUUAUCGAUCGCUUUUGCCAGAUGUGGAAAAGAUCGAUAGACGGAACGAAGAUAUUACAAAUAUUGACGAUCGACUAUCGAACGGACCAGUCUAGGAAGAUAAGAAAAGAGGGGCAAAAUAAGAAGAUGCUGGUUGCCUGUACGAAGAGAGCGUGCAGAGCUGGCCUGGUCGCAGUGUUGGUGACCGCACUAUGCGUCCUCACUCUCCUCGAUUCGCCGCCACGACUCCCGGAUCCUCCGGCCGAUCCUCCUCCCACGCCUGGAGGCGAGCCACCAGGUACAAGAAGCAUCGUAGCGUAUUCGUGGGCGCGAAGAUUGGCACUCGAUUACAGGCCUUCGAAGGAGUGCGACGGUGCUAAUGGAACGAACGGAACGACGUCAGAAAUGGCGUUGGAAACGACGUCGGACGCGUUCGAGUUAACCGCUAUAAGGUGGCUCGAGACGAUCCCUCGACGGCUCUUUCUCUAUAGCGGCCACUUGGAUCUUCGAGUGGCCGGUUAUCCGAGUCUCCGAGUGAUUGCCGUCAAGCAUGGACCUCUACCGACCUCUUCGCUCUUCUGCACCGUUUGGUACGAGGAGGAGCGAGGAAGAGUACGAAGUUACAGCAUGGAGGCUCUAGUUUCGCCUAUAUGGUUGGAAGAGUGGGGAGGAGAGACAGACAGUUACACGGGAAUUCUAGUGUCCUGUCAGUUACCGUCGUUGGAAGGAUACACGGCGUAUCCUUCGCGAGUGUACGUCGGUGCUACGUCCUGCUAUGAAAAUCCUAGUCAUAGUUUAGCCAUAUUUAGAGACAACGAAACGCAGAAAGAUUAUAGCUCGAGUAAUUCCAAAAGAUUCACACUUUGUAUCAAGGGACUCGACUUCGACGAAGAUAUAUCAGAGAAGUUAGUGGCAUUCGUCGAGUUGCAUAGGAUCUUAGGUGCUGGACUCUUUUAUUUCUACGUUUUUGACGUUCAUGAAAACGUGCUGAAAGUAUUGAGAUUAUACGAGAGAUCGAACGUAGUUCGGUGGUUCGAUUUAACCUUGCCGGGUGAUUUACCGAACGAUAAAAAUGAUAGAAGAGAAUUUUUCAACAAUGAUAUAUGGACAAAGAGAAGAAUGGAACUGAUACCUUACAAUCACUGUUUCUACGAGAAUCUACGUCGAACGGAAUUUGUAAUACCGAUCGACGUGGACGAAGCAAUCGUACCGGUAAAGAGAAAAAGCUGGCACGGUUUGAUCUUCGACGAGCGUAGGAAACUCGGUGAAACUUUCGAGGAGUUUGCCUCUUAUUCCGUUCGGAACGCUUACUUUUUCCCAGAGUUGCAGAACAAGAGCAAACCCGAUAGCUUCCUCGGGAAUCCAGAUUAUCUGGAUACUGUUAGAACCUCUAGCAUUUCUCCUGAAGGUGACUCAGUCAAGAGUUUCAUUUCAACUAGGCGAGCUUUAACCGUGCACAAUCAUUAUGCUUUAACAACGUUGAAUCCAACAACGAGAAGGGCUCAUCAUUUGGAUCCUAAUGAUGCCUUGAAGCAUCAUCAUCGAGCCUGUGACAGCAGAUAUCUCGAUUGCGAUCUUCUUAUGGAAGACGUUCGCAUCGACGUCUCUGCUCUGCGUUAUGCGAAUGAGCUCAAAGCUAGAAUGAAAGUCACUUUGAACGACUUGAAUAGCAUCGAUAAUAAAUAAAUUCGUCGCGGUGAUAAACUCAA